GUCAUUUAUGCACACAAAUUUUAGUUUACUUUUAUACAAGUAUUUAUCGAGUUUUUAAUCUCAAUUAUUCUUUUGACAAUAAAUUUUAUUAAAAAAAUAACUUCUUAAAAAAAAGUUAUUUUAAUCAUUUAGUGAUAUUGUAAAAUAAAAUCUGUUAUUACAGACGUGUGAUUUGCUUGAAACUUUUUCGAAUAAAAAUUAAAAUAACAUGAAUAAACGGCAAAGAAAUCCCAUUGACUGUGAAUAUGACAAAUCUAAUCAUAAAAUUCGAAAAAUUGAUUUAAACAUGUCUUCUCAUGAAAAUAGUUGCAUUGAUUUAAUCAGUAAUAAUGAUAAAGAUGAUGGAUAUUCGAGUAAUAUAAUUAAAUCAGAAAACAAUGUCAGUGAUGACAAUAAAAAUAUAUUGAAUGAAAGCAAUGAACAUUUUGAUGUAAAUGAUGAAACUUUAAUGAAUGAAUUGUUAUCUCAAUUCUCAGAAAAUAAUGAUAAUGAAGAAACAAUUAUAAUUGAUUCAGGUCAUGGUGAUAGUAUUCUCUCAAAUCAACAAAAGAUUUCAUCUUUGAAUUGCUCAGGAACAAGUCAAAUAUUAAAUGGAAAUGAAAAAGAUACUAAUCAUGGGAAUUCCAGAAUAAGUGCAGGAGAAAUUCAAUACGAAAAUAAUUUUGACUUUAAUUGCGAUGAUUGGGAAGAUGAAAAAGAUGGUUUGGAUCUUCAUGAAUUUACUAGAUGUAAAAUUAUUGAUAUACAAAAGCAACGAUUAGAGACUCGACUUACUGUAGAAAGUGUAAAUUCUUUUAGUUGUGCUACAGUUGCAUGUUCUGGAAGUUGGAGAGAUGUAAGAAUUAAAGUGGGAGAUUUAGUUGUAAUUAAAGCAAAAAAACUUGUUGAUGAAUUUGUGGUAAAUAAUGAUUUUGGAAUGAUUGUUUCUCAACCAGAUGAACUAGUAGCAGGUACAACAGUAGUCCAAGGAAUAUUUUGUGAACGUAAAGGUGUCUUAUUGCAAAAGUACAGUGGAAUUAAUUCUCUUCCCAACAUUCCUGCUACUGAUGCAGUCAUGACAUGUGGUAUUAUAGUGCACGAGUUUCUUCAAACGGCACUUAAAAUGGAAAUAUACGAUUUAGAGAGCUUAUGGAAACUUCUUGAAACGAUAUUACAGUAUCCACAUAUAAUACAAAUUUUAUAUACUUCAAAUCUUACUAUAAAAGCAAUUAAAGAAAUGGUUGAUGAAUAUGUGUUAAAAGUAUUUCAAUUUUUAAAACGGUAUGUCUUAGGAAUUUAUCCUGAAGGCCAAGAUGAAAACUUUCAAGGCAAAAUUGAAUGUAUCAGAGAUAUAGAGGAAGAUGUUUGGCUUCCUUCGUUGGGAGUAAAAGGUAAAGUUGAUGUCACUGUAGAAGUAAGUCUUAAUAAAUGCGCACGUAGAGUAUUACCUCUCGAAAUAAAAACUGGACGAGCAAUAUUCUCUCAUGAACAUAAGGGUCAAUUACAUUUAUAUUGUAUGAUGAUGGAAAGUUUAGGAUAUAAAUUGAAUUCAGGACUUUUACUUUACAUAAAAGAAAAUCAAAUGCGAGAAAUCAAAAGCACAAGACAUGAAGCAAGAGAUUUAAUUCUUUUACGAAAUAGUUUAGCUUAUUAUUUAUCAAGAGACCCGUAUAAGGUAGAAAAAAAUUUAAUAGGCAUAAAGGAUAAAGUUAAAGUUUGGACAUUACCAGAAUUACCAGAACCAAUAAAUCACGCUGCAGGUUGUAAAAGGUGUCCAUUCAACACUAUUUGUUGUGUUUAUGCAAAAGAAGCUAAGCUAGAGUUUCAAGAAGAUCAUCAUUAUAAUAAAGUUCUCAAAGAAGCUUUAGCACAUCUCACUCAUGCUCAUAUUGAAUAUGUAGUGCAAUGGAUUUCUAUGUUACAGAUAGAAUAUGCCCAUAAUAAGAGUCUAGAAGGGAAUCGAAUUAUUUGGUCUCAAAAACCUGUAGUAAGAGAAACUCAACGUACUUGUUUAAGUUAUUUGAAAAUUGACGGACCUGUACAGCAAGAAAAGAAUGAAUUUCAUCAUACAUUUUUACGUGCUUCAAUAAAAGAUUUAAAAAUAAAGCCUCCUGUAAAGAAUUUUAACGAUGUGUUUGCUAUUGAAGAUUAUAUUAUGAUAAAUACUUGUACAAGAAUUAAUAUUAUUACAGGAAAAGUAAUUGCAAUAACUAAAGAUUCAAUAACAGUUUCAUUAAAGAAGAAUAUUACUAAAUUCAGUACACAGACAUAUUAUCAUAUUGAUGCUGUUGCUCCAUUGACUAUGCCAUAUCAACUUCUUGGUACUGUCGCUACUUUAUUAGCGGAUAAUAAUAUUACUAAAAGGUUAAGAGAAAUGAUUAUUGAUAAAAUACCUGCUCAAUUUUCUGAUGAGAUUCCUGAAAGUUUAAAAACUAAAAAAGCCAAAAUUAUAAUGGAACGGCUUAAUAAAUAUCAGCAAGAAGCUCUAAGAGCUGCUGUACAAACUAAGGAUUAUGUUAUGAUUAAAGGAAUGCCUGGGACAGGAAAAACUCAAACACUUGUUGCAUUAAUUGAACUUUAUAGUACUUUAGGAUAUUCUGUAUUAAUUUCUGCACAUACUCAUAUCGCUGUUGAUAAUAUUUUACUUAAAUUACGUAAUAAAGGACUAAAUUUUUUACGUUUAGGUUCAAAGAAUCGAAUACAUCCACUUUUACAUGAAUAUUCUGAUGAAAAUUUACUUAAACAGUGUAAAACACCAGAAAUAUUGGAAUCUAAAUACAACAAAAUUAAAAUUGUUGGAGUCACAUGUUUAGGCUCAAAUCACCCACUUUUAUCAAGACGAAUUUUCGAUUAUUGCGUUAUCGAUGAAUGUACACAAAUAUUACAACCAAUAAUUAUUCGUCCAUUAUUUAAUGCAGAAAAAUAUGUUAUAGUUGGAGAUCCUGAUCAACUUUCAGCUGUCGUUAAAUCUAAGGAGGCGCGGAGUAUUAUGUCAAAUUUAGGUAUGAGUGAAGAUAUGUUUAGCAGACUUGACAGUAAAAAUAAUACACGAGUUUUAAAACAACAAUAUCGAAUGAAUAAACCAAUUAUGGAUCUGGCAAAUGAUUUGACUUAUAAAGGAGAACUUUUAAUGGGGAAUGAUAAAAUAUCAAAUGCAAUAUUACAAUUCACAAAUACAAAAAUUCUAGAGUCUUGCGAGGAAUGGGUAAAGAAAGCAUUAAUAAAUGAUUUAGAGCAUGCAAUUGUGGUUUUGAAUACACAAGAAUUGCGCAAUUUGAAUUUAAAAAUUAAUUUUGAAACUAUUCCUCACAAUGACACUAGUCAUUGUACUAAUUAUUUUGAAGCUGGAAUAGUAAUGCGACUGUUAAAUGUAUUGAUACAAGUUGGUGUUAAAACAGAUGAUAUUGGUAUUAUAGCACCGUUUACACAUCAAGUUAAUUUACUAAAACGUUUAGUCAAAAAACAAGUUGAAAUUAAUACUGUAGAUCAGUAUCAAGGACGUGAUAAAAGUGUGAUAUUGCUUUCAUGUACGAAAAAUGAUGUGAAAGACUUCUAUUCCCAAAAACGUGAAUAUGAAAUUCUGGAAGAUCAUACACGACUCAAUGUUGCUUUGACACGUGCCAAAAACAAGUUAAUAAUUAUUGGCAAUAAAGAAAGUUUGAUUCGAUAUACACCAUUUCAAAAGCUCUUUAGUCUUAUUAAAAAAGAAGAAAUAGUCUUGAAAAAUAACUUUGAUGAUUUUUCAUGCGAUAAACUGUGUCAACUAAUCGACGAAUAAUUUUUUUCAAAUAUCAAAUGUUUUUAUAUUUUAUAUAUUAUUGAUUAAAUGUAUUUUUAA